UUAUGUGGGAUUUCCUCCUUUGUCUUCAGUUCCUUCAUAGAUCACACAUAAUACAUGAGAGACAUUCAUCUGUGUAGAAAUCUCAGAGAAGUUGGAUAGGCAGAAGAAAGGAUCUUUUCAUUAUUCAGGAUCAAAAUGUAUAGGCCAGCGCGGGUGCCAUCAACCUCAAGAUUCCUGAAUCCGUAUGUAGUGUGUUUCGUUGUUGUGGCAGGGGUGGUAAUCCUGGCGGUAACCAUAGCUCUACUCAUCUACUUUUUAGCUUUUGAUCAAAAGUCUUACUUUUACCAUAGCAGCUUUCAAAUCCUGAAUGUCAAAUAUAGUAAUCAGUUAAACUCACCAGGUACACAGGAAUAUAGGACUUUGAGUGAAAGAAUUGAAUCUAUGAUUACUAAAACGUUCAAAGAAUCGAAUUUAAGAAAUCAGUUCAUCAGAGCUCAUGUUGUCAAACUGAGGCAAGAGGAUAAUGGUGUGAUAGCAGAUGUUGUCAUGAAAUUUAAAUUCACUAGAAAUAACAAUGGAGCAUCAAUGAAAAGCAGAAUUGAGUCUGUUUUACACCAAAUGCUGAGUAACUCUGGGAACUUGGAAAUAAACCCUUCAACUGAGAUAACAUCAAUUACUGACCAGGAUACAGUACAUAUUUUCACUGAAGGAUGUGGGGCCCGUCCAGACCUAAUAACUUUGUCUGAGGAGAGGAUCCUAGGAGGCACGAAGGCUGAAGAAGGAGACUGGCCAUGGCAAGUCAGUCUACAGACGAAUAAUGUUCACCAUUGUGGAGGAGUCCUAAUCAGUAGCAUGUGGGUCCUGACAGCAGCUCACUGCUUCAGAAGCCAAUCUGAUCCUCGUCAAUGGACUGCCACCUUCGGUGUUUCAAUAACAUUUCCUAAACAGAGAAGAAGAAUAAGGACUAUUUUAAUCCAUAACAAUUAUAACUCUGCCACUCAUGAAAAUGAUAUUGCAGCUAUACAGCUCGAUGGAGGCAUCAACUUUACCAAAAAUAUCCAUAGGGUGUGUCUCCCAGAGGCUACCCAGAGUAUUCCACCUGGUUCUUCUGCUUAUGUAACAGGAUGGGGAUCUCAAGAAGUUGGUGGUAACACAGUUUCAGAGCUACAGCAAGCACGGGUCAGAAUAAUAAGUAAUGACGUAUGUAACGCACCGACUAGCUAUAAUGGAGCUGUCUUGCCUGGAAUGCUCUGUGCUGGUCUACCUCAAGGUGGAGUGGAUGCAUGCCGGGGUGACUCUGGUGGCCCACUAGUUCAAGAGGACUCACGGCAGCUUUGGUUCCUCGUGGGGAUAGUGAGCUGGGGGGAUCAAUGUGGUCUGCCAGAUAAGCCAGGAGUGUAUACUCGAGUGACAGCCUACCGUGACUGGAUAACCGAAAAAACUGGGGUCUAGCGCAAUAAAAGCACCUCUGUGGCAAAGUCUGUAUGCAGGUGCAUGUCUAAAAUUCCAAAACUUUCCUUUUCAGGUGCAAAAGAGACUGAAAGUGACCUAUUUGAACAUCCUGUUACAUAAAUAUGGUUUCAUAAACAC